GAAUGGGAGCUGGUGGUACUGGGGAAGUUGAAGUGGAACCUCGCAGCUGUCACCCCGCAUGAUUUCAUUGAACACAUCCUAAGGAAGCUGCCUCUACCUAAAGACAAGUUGCUUUUGAUCCGGAAGCAUGCACAAACGUUCAUUGCCCUUUGUGCCACAGAUUUUAACUUUGCCAUGUACCCACCGUCAAUGAUAGCAACUGGAAGUGUGGGAGCAGCCAUCUGUGGCCUUCAGCUCGAUGACGGGGACAGCCUCACGGACCUCCUGGCCAAGAUCACAAACACAGAUGUGGACUGCCUUAAAGCUUGUCAAGAACAGAUCGAGGCGGUGCUAGUAAACAGCCUUAGGCAAGUCCGGCAGCAGCAACAGCAAAGCAAUCCUUCUAAGACGGUGGACGAACUGGACCAGGCCAGCACUCCCACAGAUGUGAGAGAUAUCAACCUGUGAGGACAUCGGCACGGAGAGUCACGCUUGCUUCCCUCAGCCCUUUUAUUUUUGUUAUUAUUUUUAGAGUGAAAUCUUUUUUUUUUUUUUAUCUGCUCCCACAUAGAACAUAUUUAAAGCUCUUUUAGGUUAAAAAAAAUACAAAAACUGAUUAAUGAAAAAAAAAAAAAAAGCAUUUGGUGCCUGUGAUGUUCUACAGAAGGGAAUCCCACAAUAUAUUUGGUAAUUGCUAUUUGAUUAUGUAUCAGUGAUAUUAAGUGCUUAUAAAAGCAUACAAAGUAGCUAGAUAAAUGUAAGCCUGCGUUUGUGGGAACAAAGUAGAGUAUACUUGUCUGUGUAUUAUGACCUAGUGCAUACACCCCUUUUUUAUAUUUAAGAAAGGAAUCGUGUGUGCGAUUUUAUGGCUUGACUAGAUUGCAAAGCAAUAGAAUAAGGGGUUUAGGGCAAAGUGGGAAAAGAUCCCUGAAGCAAUUGAACCAUUUUGAAUGCAGAAGAGAUUUGCUGAUCUGUCACCUCUGUUAUUAGUCAGAAGUGUUUGUUGGAUCUCUGUAUGUUAGUUUUGUUUACUCUUGCUGUCUGUGGUAGCUGCUACCU